CCUUAGAUGGAAGCGGACGGGAAAUUAUUGGGAGAUCCAUUGUAUCACAGCGUACAGAUGCUCUACUACCAUAGACGAUGCAAUUCGUCGUUUAUCUAUGAGUACAUGUGCAAGCUUGAAGGAAAAUAAGAGCUCCUCUCUCACUCAACUCAUAUCGACGUCGUGGAACACCUUUACAGAAAUGCAAUUAUGUCCCAGCCCCUCACCUUUCUCGUUGCUUUCUCUGCCGUCGUCGGCACCUCUGAAGCUAUCCGACAGAUUCAGACAGAUUCCAAAAGAAAGGAACAUAGGAGCCGAAAGAACCACCUGAUAGUGCGCUGCCCUAAGUCUUCCCAAUAUAGCCAGAGCCUUGAAGGGAGACGUGUAGUGCUUUCAGGGGACAAGCUUUAUAUUGACACUGGAAAUGAUUAUGAUCAAGCCUUUGGUCAUCCCUUCACAGGCUAUUUUCUGCCGUACCCCGAUACGAAGUACUCUGGACUUGUGUCAACAAUUUGCGACGAGCCACCUAUCAUGAACUGGAUCUAUAUUGAUCGGAGUACUUACGAACUCAAAUUUGGCACACGCCCCUGGGCACAGCCCAAUUGGCCUGGACCCUUUGACUGUUCUCGACAAGAUCGCAGGCUAACAUUUGCUGGUUGGGAAGGCUUCUUCGCGGUUAAAGAUGGAGAUUUCUGGGCGUUAUAUUUCGAUGUUGACCAAGACAAUCUAAAAUCAAAGGUUAAGGAAGGUGUCCCGGUAGUUGAGGUAGAACUUUUAAGAACAGAGAUGCGGAUUAAGCCCGUCAAGAAAGAGGAAGAACCUGGGGAUGAUUCUAAGGAAGCUGGAGAAAAUGUUGCUACACCGAAUUCGGGGGAGAAUCAGGAUAAAAAGGAGACAGAGGUCAAGAUUAAGGAACAUGAAGAAGAGCUUGUGUCUCCCGACGUAGAUUAGCAUGGAAAUCACCCGUUUCAAGGACGGAGUUAUCAGCAAGUUGCUACUCAAGGAUUCUUAAUUGGGAGCAGUCGCUCGUCAUCUAAUUGUAUACC